GCUACUACUAUUCCGGAAACUGUUCACAUUCAACCCUAGAUUGCCACAACGGGGUCCCUGAGACCCCAGAGUAAUUUUCAGAUGCUCGUCCUUGAAUAGCUUGAUGGGGAUGAGCUUGGAACUGUAACGUAAAAAGUGUUCGGGGUCUCUUCAAAUAGUGAUACGGGUCGGUGCGAUCAGUUGCCGUGGAUCCACUGAGCAGCGAUUGUUGAAGUGGAUCCGGCCCAGUGUAGAAAAGACGUAACUUUCUUGAGGAUGACCUUUUGUGUACACGAUGGAGUCAAGCGGCAGCUUUCGGUCAUCACAGUGGAAGCAGUGCCUAGCAGCGUUUGCAUCAUCUCUAAUGUUCAAUCCAACCGCCACCGCUGUUUGGUAUCACCUGAAGUCCACUGAAAGAUAUUUCGAGUUCAUUUACCUCGUGCCUAGUGUCAUCUUAGUCACAGGCGGUGCGAUUCUCGCAGCAGUCUGCUCUGAUUUUUGUGGACGUAAGAAAACUAUGUUAGCGUCAUCAUUUUUCGCUGUACUUAAAAUUGUUGCAAUCGGUGAUCUUCUUCCGGAAAUCAUAGGAGAGAUUCUGAUCUUCGUUUAUUUGUUUCAUCUCGGUUUCACCUGCACUGCUAUUUUUCUUUACAUUUCGGAAGUUACUAGCACCAAUAUUCGCCAAACCGCAAUGGUACUUCCACUGGUAACUGUUCGAAUGAUAGGAUUUAUUGUGCUAUCGGUCUAUCAAAUUUUUGACAGUUUUAGGGCAUAUCAGGUUGCACAUGGUGUAUCUAUCUUGAUCGCAACAGUAUUACACAUUGCAAUAAUUUUACUGUGCCCUGAGACGCCCUAUUACUUGAAUUUGAGAGACAGGCGCAGAGAAACUGAACAGUCCCUCAGUUUUUAUACCGGAUUGAAGUACGUCAGAAAAGCAGAACUGAUACCGGAACCCGGUGACAAUUCGCGAGUGGUGAGGUAUACGCAGCAACGGAAAGACAAACUGAGGGAAAUCACCGAAAUGAAAAAUAUUCACAGUUUCGGAAUUAUUUUUUUGUUGAUAUUGAUAAAAUGGGGCAUUAGACAGCAUAACGAUGGAUUAAUUAUACAAGCACUGAUGCGAAAUAGUGAAUUUUUUCAUGCUUUGAUUGUUGAUUUCGCAUCAAUAGUCUUCACUAUCAUUUUGGCUAUAGCUAUAAUCCUAUUUUCGAAGAAAUUAUCUCUGUUGGCAGUAAUUGUCAUCAGUUUCAUGGCAACUCUAAUCGGAAUUUGGAUACAAGCUCCUGUGAUAAUUUCUUUACUCAUUUUUGUGAAAUACCUGGGUUACUUUAUCUUUACUGGUGUCACGUGGUCUUCUGUAGGAGUUUCAUUCACGACGAAUGUCAGGGCCAUCGCCAUUGCUAUUAUAGUCAGCUUCGACGUGCUGAUAGGUACCAUCGUGUUCUGGAUUGAGUACCAGAUGUAUCAAAAAGAUCCUGAAUAUCAUCCCUGGUACCUUGAUGUACCUCUUGCAGUAAGAUCUUACAUCGACAUGGGGACUCUUGUUGUCGCUUUCAUCUUAGUCUUGAUUUUCAUUCCAAAAACGAUCGAGGUGCAGCCUGAGGAAAAGUUCGAAAAUUAUGCUGUCGUUCGAUUCGGAGCUGUGGAGUUAUCACAGGUUCCGGCGGAAGUCGCGGGGCUCAGCCAGCCAUUGUAG